GGUCUGAGGCGAGCGUGAGAGCGAGGGGGGCGGGGGCCGGGGAGAGUGGGACUGUCUGGAGAGUCGACGCGUGAACACAUAGACCUGCGGACGGGACAGCCACGGCUGCAGGCUCUUCUAGACCCGCUUAAUCCCAGAUGCGCGGGGGGAAGCAGCCUCUCCCGCUGGGGGAUGCUGUGGGAUUCCUGGCGCCGGGCAUCCGGGCCGCCCGCUAAGCCUCUGUGCCUACCCUGUGCCCCUGGGGAACAGGAGUCCAGCCGCAGGGAAAGAGAAGUGGCCGAGACGCUGCCGGGUGCCGGGCGGGGAGGGGGCUGGAGGCCGCAGGCCCGAGGACAUGGAGCGGUUAGGGGAGAAAGCCAGUCGACUGCUGGAGAAGUUCGGCCGCAGAAAGGGUGAAUCUAGCCGUUCUGGGACUGAUGGGACCCCCGGGCCGGGCAAGGGGCGCCUGAGUGGGUUGGGGGUACCUAGAAAAUCAGGGCCCCGAGGAGCAAAUGGGGGACCCGGGGAUGAGCCACUGGAGCCGGCCCGGGAGCAAGGCUCCCUGGACGCUGAGCGGAAUCCGCGCGGCUCCUUUGAGGCGCAGCGCUACGAAGGGUCCUUUCCCGGGGGGCCGCCGCCCACCCGGGCCCUGCCUCUACCUCAGUCACUGCCCCCCGAUUUUCGGCUGGAGACCACGGUCCCGACCUUAAGUCCCCGCUCCAGCUUCGCCAGUAGCUCAGCCAGCGACGCAAGCAAGCCGUCCAGCCCCCGGGGCAGCCUGCUGCUGGACGGGGCAGGGGCUGGCGGAGCCGGAGGUAGCCGGCCCUGCAGCAAUCGUACCAGCGGCAUCAGCAUGGGCUACGACCAGCGCCACGGGAGCCCCUUGCCCGCGGGACCGUGUCUGUUUGGCCCACCCCUGGCUGGGGUACCGGCAGGCUAUUCCCCCGGAGGGGUCCCGUCCGCCUACCCCGAGCUCCAUGCCGCCCUGGACCGACUGUGCGCUCAUCGGCCCUCGGGGUUCGGCUGUCAGGAAAGUCGCCAUUCAUAUCCCCCAGCCCUGGGCAGUCCUGGAGCUCUAGCCGGGGCCGGAGGGGGAGCGGCCGGGCCUCUGGAGAGACGGGGGGCGCAACCCGGACGACACUCGGUGACCGGCUACGGGGACUGCGCCGCGGGCGCCCGAUACCAGGAUGAGCUAACAGCAUUACUGCGCCUGACCGUGGGCACCGGUGGGCGAGAAGCAGGUGCCCGCGGGGAACCCUUGGGGAUUGAGCCGUCGGGUCUCGAGGAGCCGCCAGGUCCUUUCGUUCCGGAGGCUGCCCGGGCCCGGAUACGGGAGCCAGAGGCCAGAGAGGACUACUUCGGCACCUGUAUCAAGUGCAACAAAGGCAUCUAUGGGCAGAGCAAUGCCUGCCAGGCCCUGGACAGCCUUUACCACACCCAGUGCUUUGUCUGCUGCUCCUGUGGGCGAACUUUGCGUUGCAAAGCUUUCUACAGCGUCAAUGGCUCUGUGUACUGUGAGGAAGAUUAUCUGUUUUCAGGGUUUCAGGAGGCAGCUGAGAAGUGCUGUGUCUGUGGUCACUUGAUUUUGGAGAAGAUCCUACAGGCAAUGGGGAAGUCCUAUCACCCAGGCUGCUUCCGAUGCAUUGUUUGCAACAAGUGCCUAGAUGGCAUCCCCUUCACAGUGGACUUCUCCAACCAAGUGUACUGUGUUACUGACUACCACAAAAAUUAUGCCCCUAAGUGUGCAGCCUGUGGUCAACCCAUCCUCCCUUCAGAGGGCUGUGAGGACAUCGUAAGGGUAAUAUCCAUGGACCGGGAUUAUCACUUUGAGUGCUACCACUGUGAGGACUGCCGGAUGCAGCUGAGUGAUGAAGAAGGCUGCUGCUGCUUCCCUCUGGAUGGGCACUUGCUCUGCCACGGCUGCCACAUGCAGCGGCUCAAUGCCCGACAGCCUCCUGCCAACUAUAUCUGAACUGCAGUCACAGCUGCUGCCAUCACAACCAUUGACAAACUUCUCUGGCCAGUGGGCCCCCUGAGGCCAGCAGAGGCAAAGGAUGCACUCUACAGGCCUGGCAGAAGAGUUCUCUGGGGAGGGCCCCAAGGUCCAGAGAUCCAAAGAUCAUGACAUUCCAAAUGGAUUCCAGAGAAGGAACUGUCUAAUUGCCAGGGUGGGGUAACUGGAGUUCUUUCUUUGUAUGCAGCCUGUGCUCAGGCACACACAGGCCAAUUUCAAUACUUUCUGAACAUCUGAUUCUGGUUUAUAUCUUCAGUGUAUGUUUGUGCAUAAGUUAAGCAAUGUUUUAGAUUACCAGAGGAAAUGACCUACCUUUAGGUGAACUGGUUUCAGCCAAACUGACUAGAACUAAAUCAGAGUGUUUUGCUCCCUCCAGCUACCCCAAGUUCCAGAGUUUUACAGUUUGGGUUGAUAUAACCUGGGAUCUCUCUGAGAGGUGGCAGUGUUGAACUACUGCCAGGGAACCAAGUGUAAGAGUGACCUGAAAAGAAAGUGAGAGAGAGAGCGUGUGUGUGUGUUUUUGAAUGCACUUGUGUGCAUACACAGGACUCUAGGGCUCAGUGUACCUAACUUGUGAAUGUGGCCAGCCUGAAGCUUCCUAAACAUCCUACCUAGUAAGUUCCAUACCCACUUACUACUUCUCCCAGCUGAGAAGAAGAUAAACCAAAUACAGGCACCCACCCAGCCUCUCAGGCCUAUGUGAGUUCCUGGCAACCAGACAGUAUAGGCAGCAGGCUUAUCCACAGCUGGACCCCAUUCCUGGCAGAGAGAUGAGGAGCUCUCCUAGUUCUUAGAAGAACACCAAGAAACAACUCGGUAAUAAGGUCCAGGCAGUGCCCAUAGCUCAGUCAGCAGGGCGCCAGCCACAUACACAGAGGGGGGUGGGGUUCAAACCCAGCUUGGACCAGCUAAAACAAUGACAACUGCAACAACAACAACAAAAAUAGCUGGGCGUUGUGGUGGGCACUUGUAGUCCCAGUUACUCAGGAGGCUGAGGCAGGAGAAUUGCUUAAACCCAAGAGUUUGAGGUUGCUGUGAGCUGUUAACGCCACAGCACUCUACCAAGACAUAGUGAGACUGUCUCAAAAAAACCAUAAGGUCCAGAGUUUCUACCUCUUUAUCUAGACAAAGAGAUAGGAUACUAUGGUAAGCACCUGGCUCACCACAAAUCUGACACCAUUGUGUAGGGCACAAAAGACUGAAGAGCUUACAUUUGGUUCCCUAGCAGUAAGUAGCUCACUACUCCAAACCUGGUACCCCUCCGAGGGAUCCCAGAUUACAUCAACUACUACAAAAUUCCAGCGUUUGGGGUAGCUGGAGGGAGCAGAACACUUAGAUUUAGUUCCAGUCAGUUGGGCUGAAACUAGUUCACCUAAAGCUAAAUCUUUUAAAACCAAUUCACAGAAAACGUGUUUCCUUGAAGUUCAGUUCACAUAAUGACCAAUUUGCCAAAAGCUCAAUUCCCUUUUCGGUGUUUUUAUAUCUGUGUAGGUGUCCUUUUUUUGUCAUGCUUAGGGUAUUUCAAGGAUGCAUAUCCAUCCAAGAGUACUUCAGAGUUAUUAUAAGCAACAUAAAUUUAUCAAAUUUGCAGCACUUUGUAAAUGAUGAGAUUGCUUCCUACCUUUAUGGAUGUCUUUUUCUAUGUUAUUUACUUUUCAAACAUUUUUUAAAAAAUUAAAGUUUUUAGCAAUAAAUAUAAUUGAUACAGA